GCACGCCUGGGCGGAGUGAUAAGGCUGGACCGGCAAGGGGGACGCUGAGGUGCCGCAGGAAAGCACCGAGGCUUACGCCCCAGCGGACGACCUCGGACCGGGAGAAAGGGACCCCCGCUGGGGGCCGGGGCGGGGCGUGUGCCUUGCCACGCCCACCUCCAUCCGGGAGUUUUGGCCGCUCAAAUGGCGGCGACAGAGACAGCGUCCCGGGCCGGGGCUGGGCACCUGGCAGCCGGGUCGCGGGCGGUGUAGCGCCUGCCGUGGCCCCCGCCUCGGCGAGGAGCCCUGAUGCGCGGCUGGCAGGGUGGGAGUGGCGGCCGCAGCCCCCACCUGGGCCUCUGUCCGCCCUCCCGGCGCGUCCAUGAACUCGGUGUCUCCGGCCGCCGCGCAAUACCGGAGCAGGAGCCCGGAGGAUGCGCGCCGUCCCGAGGGCCGCAGGCCGCGGGGCCCCCGACUCCCGGACCCCAACGGCCUGGGGCCCUCCGGAGCCAGCGCCUCCGCCCUUGGCUCGCCCGGGACUGCCCCCGGGGAGCCGGACGAGGUGGACAAGUUUAAGGCGAAGUUCCUGACGGCCUGGAACAACGUCAAGUACGGUUGGGCCGUCAAAAGCCGGACCAGCUUUAGCAAGAUCUCCAGCAUCUACCUCUGUGGCCACCGCUACUGCUUUGAGAGCGAGGGUGACAUCCAGCGUUUCCAGCGGGACUUCAUGUCCCGCCUGUGGCUCACGUACCGUCGGGACUUCCCGCCACUCGCUGGGGGCUGCCUGACCUCGGACUGCGGCUGGGGGUGCAUGUUACGCAGCGGGCAGAUGAUGCUGGCACAGGGCCUGCUCCUGCACUUUCUGCCCAGAGACUGGACAUGGGCCGAGGGCCCGGGCCUGGGCCCCCCUGAGCUGUUGGGGUCGGCCUCUCCCAGCCGGUACCAUGGCCCUGCCCGCCGGGUGCCCCCACGCUGGGCCCAGGGCACCCCAGAGCUGGAGCAGGAGCACUGGCACCGGCAGAUUGUGUCCUGGUUUGCCGACCACCCCCGGGCCCCCUUUGGUCUACACCGGCUGGUGGAGCUCGGGCAGAGCUCAGGCAAGAAGGCGGGUGACUGGUACGGACCAUCGCUGGUCGCACACAUCCUCAGGAAAGCCGUGGAGAGCUGCUCAGAGGUCACCCGCCUCAUGGUGUAUGUUUCUCAGGACUGCACAGUGUACAAGGCAGAUGUGGCACGCCUGGUGGCCAGGCCAGACCCCACAGCUGAGUGGAAGUCUGUGGUCAUCCUGGUGCCUGUGCGGCUGGGUGGCGAGACACUCAACCCCGUGUAUGUGCCCUGCGUGAAGGAGCUCCUGAGUUCAGAGCUGUGCCUGGGCAUCAUGGGGGGCAAGCCACGACACUCGCUGUACUUCAUCGGCUACCAGGAUGACUUCCUACUCUACCUGGACCCACACUACUGUCAGCCCAGCGUGGACAUCAGCCAGGCCGACUUCCCCCUGGAGUCCUUCCAUUGCACGUCACCCCGCAAGAUGGCCUUUGCCAAGAUGGACCCAAGCUGUACCGUGGGGUUCUAUGCUGGAGACAGGAAGGAGUUUGAGACACUCUGCUCGGAGCUGACCAGGGUGAAGAAAAAUGAAGCUCAGAGAGGCAGCAACACAGGAUGGAAGAGCCUGCCUGGGAUUCAAACCCAGGUCUGACACCAAAGCCAGUGGUGAUGCUGUGACUGGGAUGCUGGUAAUUCUUGUAUUUGUGCCUGGGCUCCACUAAGCUGUCCCAUAAAUGAACCCAUUUUAGUUUAAAAUCAACUGUGGAGCUUUUGUAGAAUGGGAAAUAAUGAUCAUGAUAACGAUAGUUAAUAGCACCUAUAGGACAUUUACUGUGCUUUAACUCUGUGUAACUUUACACCAGUUAACUCAUUUAGUUCUCAGACAACCAAGUAAGAUGGGAGCCACCUUUAUCCCCAUUUUAUAGAUGAGGAAUCUGAGAAUUGACUUGCCCAAGGUCAU